AUAAGUGUACUUUUGUGAAUCGUGGGCCUAACGGCAAGUGCAUCAAGGAUGCGAAUGGAAAUGCUACCUGUGCUUGCAACACUGGCUUCCAGAUGCCUCUCAACAAGAUCACUUGCGUUGACAAGUGCGAGUUUGUGACGUGCAAGGCCAACUCAACGUGCGUCAAGGAUGCAAACGGGAAUACAACUUGCGAGUGCAUCAAGGGUUUUGAGAGGCUUCCUGGCAACGACACUUGCGUUGACAAGUGUGCUUCAGUGGAUUGUGGGACCGGCGGCAAGUGCAGGACGAAUGCAGACGGAAAUCCGGAAUGUACUUGCAUCACCGGCUUCACGCAGAAUUAUGACGAUUGCAUCGACAACUGUGAUUGGUUUGGUUAUGACUGUUGGUCCGGCUCGUGCAAGAAGGACACCAAGGGGAAUCCGUAUUGUGACUGCGGCAAAGGCUACAGACAGACUGCUGACGGGCACUCUUGCAUUGACAUUUGUGAAUUAGUGGAUUGUGGCGAAGGCACGUGCGUGAAGAGAUAUAAUGAGGAGGGAUUCGGACAUGCCGAAUGCGAUUGCCCCGCGGGCUACCAAGUGGCUGGGAGUGGACGCUGCACUGACAUAUGCAAUGUGGUAUGUCCGGCCAGCCAAACGUGCAGGAGGAACGGGGACUACAUCACGUAUUGUACCCAAUGGGACUAUUGUGAUAGGGAUUAUUGUGGGUAUGGCGGCACGUGCAGGAUCGAUAAAGUUAAGGAUGCUGAGUACUGUCUCUGUGACCCCGGCUACAAGUUGUCUGCCGACCAGCUCUCUUGCAUUG